AAAAACUGCGUUUUGAAUAGUGUUUAAUAAAGCUGUUUGAAGCUGUGUUGAAGCUGUACUUUAUUCAUUGAUAAGAAAUUUCUCAAAUAUGUAACCAAGAUAACAAUUUGAAUUUACAAUAAGCAAUGGCCGUUCAAGUUACAGAAAGCACGCACCGUUUUGAUAAAAUUGAUGGUGAAUAUCUUGCAAAUGGGUUUCUCAUGUACCCAUUCUAUGGCCGAGAAUACAUGCAGAAAAUUCCUGAUUUUCCUCUUGACUCUCGUGACCUCUUACUUGCAACAUACCCCCGAAGCGGCACUACUUUCACGCAACGCAUUAUUUCUGGCCUAAAACAUGGCUCCGAUGCAAUUUCAACUGAAAACUUCAACUUAUUUGCAAAAUUUCCGCAUCUGGAUCUUAAUUUCGACUACUAUCACUCUUGUAAUCUGAAUUAUUCGGGGUACGAAAUAGCAAUCAAACAAGAUGUACCUAGAUUCAUCAAAACUCAUGUUCCUCUUUCCAUUGCGCCAAAAUCUGUUCACAAGAGAAGCAAAGUUUUAUUUGUGUUACGUAACCCCAGGGACAUUUUAGUAAGUCUUUUCAACUUCCACAAGGGGGAUUCCACUCUCAAUUUCAAGUUCGAUUUCGAUACUUAUUUCGACAUGUUUCUUGAAGGCUGUGUUAUGAAUGGCGAUUGGUGUCAAUACAAUGCCGAGUGGUUAGACUUUUGUAACACAAACCCCAAUCGAACACUGGUUAUAACUUACGAAAAAUUGUUAGACGAUUUUGAAACAAACGUGCGCAGACUUGCUAAAUUCAUAGAAAUCGAAGUCACUGAUAAAAUCAUAGCACAGGUUAAACAAGAGACAAAUGUAGAGACAAUGAAGAAGACAACAUUAUGUCCCGGCAUUGACAACUUUGUACGUAAAGGCGUUUCGGGCGACUGGAUAAAUCAUUUCUCUAAGGAGCAAUGCCAGAAAUUUGACCAGUGGAUUGAAGCGAACAAAAAGAAAUACCCACAGGCACUGUUUGAUCUAGUUGGGGAAUAAAUCAUGUUUUGCUUCAACUUCUUAAAAGAGAAACAAGAGUAACCCGUUGCUGUGCAAGUAGCCAGAAAAAAAACAUUCGAACACAAUAUUGUGGUUAAAAAUAUCGGCAAUCGCCAUUUUUCUCUCUAAAAAUUGUCUUCUGUUCUU